UAGUACUUGCACAUACUAUGAAAGAAAGAAAUGGAAGUAAAAUGGAAGAAGCUUUCAAAACGUAAAUUCAAUCUGUAGUAGAUUUGGCUUUUAUAAUGCUUUUGUUAUUUGACGAGCUGUUAUUGAUGUUUUAUCAGUGAUGUGCAUAUAACAAACAAUAAAUGUGUAGUGUAAUACACGUGUAUUUAAUAGUAUAACCUUAUUUUUAAAUCGUAUAGAAAUCGUACAGAAAUUUGUAUUACAUACGUAAUACAGGAUGACAUCUCGAGAAAUAUUAACUAUUCAAUUAGGCCAUUAUUCUAAUUUUAUCGGAACUCAUUGGUGGAAUAUACAGGAAACUAAUUUUUCCUACGAUUCUGAUAAUCCAUCUGAAAUAAAUCAUGAUGUUCUGUACAGAGAAGGUGAAAAUUUAAAGAGACAAGUUACUUAUACUCCUAGAUUGCUGUUGGUUGAUUUGAGAGAAGCAGUUGGAUAUUUGAAGGAACAAGGAACUCUGUAUGAUACUCCUCAGUCAAAAGAAGCCCAACAGUCUUUGUGGGAUGAUACAAAAGUGGAGGUCUUGAAAGAAGAAACAGUUAAUAAAUCGCCUUUUAUUAAAAGCUUAGAUGAAUCUUUUGAAUCUCAGAAUCCAACAUCAUCGUCGCUUAGUUUGGAAAAUAAUAUUAAUUCAUGGGUAGAUUGUUUGUUACCUAGAUUUCACCCUAGGACAUUGAAUGUCAUCAAACAUCAUAAACAUGAUGGCGCAAUGUAUCCAUUUGGUAUUUUUACUUACGGAAGGAAUUUAUGGAAUACAGAACAAUUUUCGGAUGACUUUUCUGAAAGAAUAAGAGCUUAUGUCGAAGAAUGUGACUUAAUGCAAGGUUUUCAGAUAAUUCUAGAUUCUGUGGAUUGUUUCGCUGGAAUUGGAGCAUCAUGUAUGCAACAUUUAAAAGAUGAAUACGGAAAAAGUAUUAUAUCAUUUCCAUGUAUAGACAGUAAGAGGACUGAACAUUCUGCAUCUAAUAUGAUUAAAAUACUCAAUACAGCUUUGUGCUGGCAACAUGUAGAAGAAUAUACAUCAUUAUUUAGUCCACUUUGUUGUGGGGAAACAGCUUGGCCACAAAUUGGAGAUUCGCGUGUAUUUAAUCAUUUGACAUACAAUUCUGAAUUAAAGUAUCACAGUAGUGCACUUUUAGCUACCGCUUUGGAUACACUGACUAUUAGAUACAGGCGAAAAGAAUAUUCAAAUGUAGUUUUAUCUGAUUUAUGUGCCGAUCUCAAUAAACUGGGUCGAAAAGCAACUGCAACGAGCUUGACUUUACCGUUCCCUAUAACCGCUAAAGCAGAUUUGAUCGACAUGCUUGACGAUUUCGAAGGGCCAUUGUGGACAAGUUUGACACCAAAUUGUGCUAUAUCAAUGGACAAAAAUAUGCAAAGUAUAGUAUUACGAGGAAUUUCCGAAGAAAGAUUAAAACGGCCUAUUUCUCAUGCAAUGAAACAAAUGUCAAAACCAGCAUAUAGAUGCUCUACUGUACAUGAAAUGAUGAUGCUUUAUUUAGCAUGUACUUGUCAUGCAUCUGCAACUUAUUUGUCAAAUAUUUCGUCACCGCUCUACAUAAAAUCUCCAUAUCCAAAGAUAUUCAAUAACAACAUUACUGAAACCGGAGACGUUAUUGGUUGGCCAGUAGGAACAGAUGUUCAAUCUGUUCCUGUUAUGGCCGGUUUACACAGUGGAAACAAUCUUAGUGCAAUGUAUGAAUCUUUACAUAGUCAAUUGAGCAGAAUAAGAAGCAUAAAGAAGUUCCAUGCAUUUACAGAUUCUGGUUUGGAAGAGGACGAAUUCAAUGAAUGCCUCAAUUAUUUACUCGAUUGCAAAGAAAAUUACGAAGAUCAUUACAUUUAA